CGAUACUUGUCAACAACAAACAUGGCGUAGCAGACGAUGGCGGCAAAUUCAAUCUAGUAUUACUUUGAUUGUAACAUUGUGUGAAAGAGAUGUCACAGGCAGCUUUCUUGGAUGAUGUCGUUAGCUGGGAUGAGAAGAAAUGUUUGGAGAACCUUGAUGAAGCUCUGCCCAAGCUCAUUACAUGCUUACAUCAAGUGAAUGGUAUUGAAGAAGAAAUUGGUAUAUUGAAGAUAAUCUGCCACUCUUUCCUCCCUUGUGUUAAACAACAUGAAGCUGAAAAGAAAAUCUUCAGCAAGAUUGCUGACAAGACGUGCAAGAAUUUUGACAAGAUUCUGGAUGGUAUUCGAAGUGGGAUCCACCAAGGGACGUGUCUCACAGCUGGGGAAAUAACACAGUCACUUGAGAUGGCUGUGGAGGUGGUGGACUGUGUGGAGAGCUGUGUAAGGGGCGUGUCCAGCAAUCAGCUGCAGGUGGAACAUGUGCACUCUCUCCCAGGCUGUACAGUCCACAUACUGGCAGGCUCCUACUCCCACUGCAAGGAUAGUGGCGACCUGUACAAGGACCUGUUGGGGAUGCUGUCUGAACCUCUCUCAUCUCUCUUCCGGAAAGCCCACAGUCUCCAGAUGGCGUUCCUGAACAUGGUAGACCGGACAACCAUCACUGGAGAAGCCUCAGAACAAGAUGUCCAGGAUCUAUGUCAGGUGUGUGACGGGUUAUUCGAGGUGUGUCAGAUUGUCACUGCACUUGACAUGAAGGUGGUGGUCAGCCUCUGGAAGGCAGUGUCCAAAAUCAGCAGCCAAUACAAGCACCUGCUACAGGGUCAGCUGGACAUGUGUCGCAUGAUAAGGCAUCUGUGUCAGGAGAUAAUGACAGGCUACCAGUACCUGUUUCAACUGCUGCCAAGGAUGGAUGACGAUGGAAUGGUCCAGUCCCAAGGGGAUGAGAAAGCAUUCGUCAAAUCUCUGAAGAUCCUGGGUUUCCAGGUGAAGAUCCUGGUUAUCCUGGUGAAGGAUUUCCGGGAUUACCUGGGUCAGUGUGAGAAGGAGGUGUUUGAGCUCGUCCUCAGCAUACACAGGUUGCUGCCUCCUAGCCUCUCAGCACCCAAGCUUCAGCAGACUCACUUGGACCAGAUCCGCUCACAGAUCAGUGUUGCUGUAGAUCCCUUGCUGUCCAGCCUCACUGGCAACAGACACUUCCGCCAGUGUGUCACUAGAUGCAAUAUAGAUGCUCCAGAGGACAGCCACCUGCCUCUACUGCUUGUACAGACUCUUAUCCUGGAAAUGCUGCCUAAAUGUUCAGGUGAUGAUCAGGACCAUUGGAUCCAUCCAACAGCACACCCUGAAGACACCCCAGUAGACAACAUAAUGCAGGCUGUCUUCAACAGCAUUGGGAAAUGCUAUGUGGAGCUGGCUUUGUCUGUGUGUCUGCCUGGAGCGGUCAUACCAGGGAAACAGCAGAGGGAUGCUAGUCUGUAUGAGUUUGUGUGUACAAGUUUGUGUGGCUUCAUUGGCAGCUUUCCAGCCAGGCAUUUUGCAGUCCUGGAAGAAAUCCUGUUUACCUACAGCCUGUCAUCUAACCCAUAUCAGGCCAGCAUGGCAGUCGACUGUUGGUGCUUCAUGGCCAGGUAUGGCAGUUCAGAGUUGUGUUACCAACAUGUGGUGCUGUUAGUGCGGAUGUACCAGGACCUGUCCAAGGUCCCUCACUCCCACCUGGCCACCUCCAGGCUCUCCGCAGUGCUGCACCGGCUAGCCAAGUUCCUCGCCCAGCAGCAUCAGCAAUCGCUACUAAAGGAAUUCCCACCAUCUGAAAAUGUCCAGCUCUGGAGUGAGUUGCCUCUUGUUGCCAUGACAACUAGCAUGGCAAGAGACGUGAUGGAGGAGUUGAUUAAACAUUGCACCAAGUCCAUACACAAUUGGAUCAACACCUCUGAGAAGACAGUAGGACAUCUAGACAGUUUGGUUGUAUGUGUGAAGUGCCUGGCCCACCUGUACAGCAGUCCCUCCCUGGUGGAGAAGUGUGUGACACCACAGCUCCAGUCUGUAGUUCUGGAGAAAGUCGCACACCUGUGGAGAACACUCGCUACAGCCUCAUGGGAUCCCAGUCCAGGCGUGGAAUCUCUGCUAGCUGCCAUGUACAGACUCAGUGCACAACUUGUGGCCUUCCUACCAACUCCGGACAUACUCCAGAUACUGACAGUGACACAGAGGUUGUUGGUUCAACCAUCUUCAGUGCUUCUGAGACUAGAAGUUGUGGGAUUUCUACAGAACUGCGGAGCUGCUAAACUGGCACCAUCAUUUGAGCAAAGCCAGGCCCUGCAUAAACUGCCUGAAGUGUUUUGCGCUAGCCUGAAGGACCCACACUGUAUUGUCCAGCACAGAGCACUACAGGCCUUCACUGGCUUUGCUGAGCAGACCGUACAUGAGUCUGUUGUGCCUGAGUGUCUGGAGAGAGAUGCCAGUCUACAGGACAGGGUGGUGGCCUUCUUGAAUAAGGUGCCAAGUGCUCCUUGUGGCGGAAAGAUGGACACAGUGCAGUAUCUUCGGUCACAGCUACAGAUGUUGAAUUCAUCAGAGGCAUUGCCAUGGAAACACGCUACAGAAGAAACAUCGUUGCAUGAGCCUUCCAGCAAAAGACCACGGAUGGAAAGUGAUGGACCUGAUGAGGAAACACAGCGUCACAAAGUACUCCAGAGUUUACAAUCGGCAUGCACAGAUGUGCAAAGUCUGCUUGGUGGAUCCAAGCAGCCAUCUUGGUUUGUGUCAGCAAUCCAAAAGACAGCAGCUGAACUUACACAGUGUUUACAAAACAGCUGAUGGAACUGAACUGAACAUGACAGUCUGUCAAAAACAGUUAAUUAAAACAGGCCUGUCUUUAUGGCGAGAAAAUAUGCUAUCAUGCAUUUUUGAACCUCAUAAAGGAUUCAUGUUUUCAGGAAAUGUUGAAGCUGUGUCGAGAAUGGAAUGUAUCAGUACAUGACAGUUAUUUAUGCAUUGUUGAUCCACUGUAAAUAUUGAUUGGAUAGACUCAUAUUGAGUGUCCAUGUUAUCACUUUGAAAUUAUACUGAACAGACAAUUUUAUCAGUCUCACUCAUAAGAAGCACAUAAUCUCAAUAAAAUAAAAUAAACAUGAAAAUAUGUUUAAACAAUU